CGUUGCCACCGGACACUCGUCCGCGCCACUGAACGAACGAAGAAGGCAGCAGCAGCAGCAGAAGCAACACCUCUUUGGCCAACCAACUAACCAACCACCAACACAUAAACAACAUCCAUGCGUACGUGUCACAGCUGCGGUGGCACGACAAACAACGCAAGAAGUGGCUGCUUUUGUUUGUUUGUGUGGUUGUUGUUGUUGUUUUUUGCGUUCGCACCACGCAUGAAAUGAACACUGUGGUGUGUGUGUCUGUCGUGUGUCAUGUCGCAUCAACGCACCACCAACACACCACUAACAGCAGACGGCAAACAACAACAGCAACGGCUCAUUUUCCACACUCAGCAUCGACUGCUCAUCACCGCCACGCACCCUCAACAGAGCCAAGAGAAGCAGACAGCACCAUGUCGUCGGCGAACCUUGACCGCAUUCACCCUUCUCGCAUCACCGUGCUGCUGAUGGAGAAGAUCAGCCAAGAUGCUGUCAAGACAUUCGAGGCUGAAGGCUACACCGUCAAGCAGGCUGUGAAGUACGGCGAGGACGACCUGAUUGAGGCCAUGAAGGGCGUGCACAUCAUCGGUGUGAGAAGCAAGACCAAGCUCACAUCGCGCGUUCUGGAGGCGGCGGACAAGCUCGUCGCCGUCGGCUGCUUCUGCAUUGGAACCGACCAAACCGACCUCAAGCUGGCAGCCACCAAGGGCAUCCCCGUCUUUAACGCACCCUACGCUAACACGCGCAGCGUCUCCGAGCUGGUCAUCGCCAACAUCAUCACGCUUGCGCGCCAGGCCAGCGACCGCAACAAGGAGAUGCACGCCGGUGAAUGGAACAAGCGCUCAGUCGGGUGCUACGAAGUGCGCGGGAAGACGCUUGGCGUUGUUGGCUAUGGUCACGUUGGCUCGCAGCUGUCCGUGCUGGCAGAGGCCAUGGGCAUGCGUGUCAUCUUCUACGACAUUGAGCCCAAGCUGUGUCUUGGCAACGCAUCCCAGGUGCCCACUAUGGAGGAGCUGCUGGAAGUGUCUGACUUUGUCUCCCUCCACGUCCCCGCAGACGAGUCCACCAAGAACCUCAUGAACGCAGAGCGCAUCGCACAGAUGAAAGCCGGGAGCUACCUCAUCAACUAUGCCCGCGGGUCUGUGGUCGACAUUGAGGCGGCUGCUGCUGCGCUGCGCUCUGGCCAUCUCGCCGGCGCUGCCUUUGACGUGUUUCCCUCGGAGCCCGCCGGCCACACCAAGGACUGGGCCGUGUGCCUGCAGGGCUGCCCCAACACCAUCCUCACCCCGCACAUUGGCGGGUCGACGGAGGAGGCCCAGGCCAGCAUUGGUCGGGAGGUGGCGAGCAAGCUCAUUGCCUACAUCAACCACGGAUCCACCCUCUCUGCCGUCAACGUGCCCGAAGUGAAUGUGACACGCAAGCUGCAGCCUGGCCAGUCGCGCGUGCUGUCGUUCCACAUCAACACCCCCGGUGUCCUUCGUGACAUCAACAGGAUCCUCUCCAUCGCAAACAUCUCCUCCCAACAGCUCGAGACGUCCGAACGCAUCGGGUACCUGGUUGUUGACCUUGAGGCUGACCACAUUGAGCAGGUCAAGUCGGAGCUUGAGGCCCUCGACUCAAAUGUCCGUUGCCGAAUCCUCUUCCGCGGCAAGGGCUACGUCGGGCCCGAGCCAUAGGCACACACACACACACACACACACUGGUUUACACACACAUACACAUACACACACACACACACCGGUACGGACGCACGCAUACACACAUACAAAUGCACACCUACACAUGUGCACACAUCACCACGCCUUGCGUGUACUUGUGGUUUUUCUUUGUGACUUUGGAUGAAGGCUUGCUGUUGUGGGUUGGUUGGUUCAAUUUAUGUGCUGUGAGCGUGCCUUUUGUUUCUCGGUGCGGUUGCUUUCGUGUUGCAUGCUCGGGAUUUCGAGUUUCUCUCGCACGCAAACACACAACCCGCCUCUUCUGCAAGCGAUUGCUUGCAAUAAAUCGCCCAUUAAACAACCCAUGACACCC